UAUAAGCUAAACGGAUUGUUCCGUGGACCACACAAAAUUUGGGCUUCUCACGGGACAUCUUACUCGGCGAACAUACCUCUUCCGAAAACGUGUCGUGCCGCGAUCGAGUGAUAAUCACACAUUUUUGUGGAAUAUUUCCAAGGAGAAGAUAUGAAGCUGCUAAAGAAUUUCUUAAUCUUGACGACUGCGGUGGUUCUUACCGCCGGACAGAGCAUCGACGAAUGCCUGAAGCAAGACAGUAUAUCUUGCGUGCAAAAAACUUUAUACAGGACUGCUAAGGAAUUCUUCGGUAAGGAUAAACUGGAGCUUGUGAACGGAGUCAGCUUCGUGAGGAAUAAUGCGAAUGCUCGGUCCGGCAAGGAACUCGCCUAUGAUCAAGAGAUGGAGACCAACAACAUCGCGGAGAGACAGAAUGCCCGAAACUUCAUUAGUGAUGAAGCUGGACAGUUUCUGACUGGUCGUAGUCUUAGGAUCAAUCUCGGAUCCGUUUUCGAGAAGGUUCACGAAUCGGCUCGCGCUAUCAGUGAAUCUGCACCACCGGAAAUCCGUCAAGCCGUCGAUGAGAUUGUUGAAGGUCGAGGCAAGAAGAAGGGGGGUAUGAAAGGACUCCUGCCGCUCUUGAUAGCCGCGAAAGUGAAGCUCGGUAUUUUGGGAGCUCUUGCCUACUUUGUCAUCGGAUUUAUAGCCAAAAAAGCGAUCGCUGUGUCCAUCAUUUCCCUCCUCAUUUCUGCCUUCGUCGGUUUGAAGUCACUCUGGUCAGGAAAAACCUAUCAUCACGACGUUACUGCUUACAAUAGUGGUUGGAACGGUGGUGGUUGGUCAGGUCCCAUCAAUGGUGGAUGGUCGGUUCCCGUAGCAUCCGGUGGAUGGACCAAUGGUGGCUCUUCCGGUUGGGAAGAUCCGCAUUAUGCGCAUGGCCAGGCAUACUCUGGAUAUCAUCAUCAUCACUAGUGACGAUCAUUGAUGUUUUUUUUCCUUUUUUAUUAUUGUUUUUUUUUUUCAUUGAACAACGGAAAGAAUGAGAUGUCAGCGAAAAUCAGAUAAUUCAAGCCUCACGUUGAUUCUGUAUUGUUCACGAGUUAUGGAGAUAUUUAUUUUUUAUUUAUUAUUAUUAUUAUUAAAUAGUUUAAAUGGGGUACCUGACCCUUCCGUGAUGUUAUUAAAUACAUUAAGUAUAUACUAUUCACUCGCGUACGCGUAUGCAAAGAGAUCGGUAAAGUAUAAUCAAACUGAAACGCUAGUCACAACACGUACAAUUGACGUAUAAUUCGCUAAUUACUUUGUUACCCAUCGGAAUACAAUAUUAUGUGUGUAUUAUAAAUUCACCAUCGCGACUUCAGAGUUUUAGCGCGAUCACAGUUUGUAAUAGAACUCACUCAACGCACUUGAUGACUCGGUUACAUCUAGUCCAAUAUGAUGUAUAUGCAACACAUUAAGUUGUAAUAUGCUUACGAUUCUGUACGCUUUGUAAUAUAUAAUUCAUUAACAGAACUUCAAAAAUUUAAA